UUCUCCAACAAUGCAGCCUUCACUGUGUGUACACGGCAUGUAGCAAGCGUUAUCUUCAGAACCCAGCAAAGGAAUGGAGCAAUAUUUGAGAAGAAGAGAUAAGCGAUUAUCAUACAGAUUUUGUCUCUCCAAGACGAUCCGCUGAGGUCCGUUUUUGCACUCCAAUUGAAAGGAACGUUUUGGAUUUUUUUCUGCAAAGCAACACCGGGCUUGCAACCUUGGAGAAGAAGAUAGGAGACUUCAGUUCACCUGAAUGGUUUGAACCUUGCUCACAAAAACUCAUCUGACCCCUUAAGAUGGACUUCCCAGGUACAGGUGCACUGGACCCAUGAUGGUUUUGUGCAGGUCUGUGCCUGGUCAUAUCCCCUUUCCUACUCAGCACCAUGGGUUCUCCUCCUCCUCUGAUUUCAUUAGGCUUCUCUCAGUCCUUAAAUAAGCCAGGAGUCCAGAUAUUCCAAACGGCAGGGAAGGUGGGGUGGACAGAGUGUGUAGCUCAUGUCAUGCCAGAGGGAGGAAGAUGAAAUGUCCUUUCCUCUGGUCUCCAAAUCACCCACGAUACUAAAGCUUCACAGGGACAACAGGAAGGACUCAAAUUUGAAAGAAGCAAACGGGAAGAACUUUAUGUGGCGGUGGACUUACAUUUCGCAGUAUCAGAUGAACCCGCGUCAUGGCCGCCGAUCCCCCAUGACGCCGGCCUGAUCGCGAACGCUCGACCCGGACAUGACGGCAUACAACAUGCCGCGGAACGGCGGCGGCGCGGGCAACGGCGGCCAGCCCUGGGUGCUGCGCUGGUCCAACCGCAUCCGCCUCACCUGGCUGAGCUUCACGCUCUUCUUCAUCCUGGUCUUCUUCCCGCUCAUCGCGCACUACUACCUCACCACCAUCGACGAGGCGGGCGGGCCCGACAAGCGCAUCUUCGGCCCGCGGCCCGGCGGCGAGCUGUGCGAGGUGAAGCACGUGCAGGACCUGUGCCGCAUCCGCGAGUCGGUGAGCGAGGAGCUGCUGCAGCUGGAGGCCAAGCGGCAGGAGCUGAACGGCGAGAUCGCCCGGCUCAACCUCAAGAUCGAGGCCUGCAAGAAGAGCAUCGACAACGCCAAGCAGGACCUGCUGCAGCUCAAGAACGUCAUCAGCCAGACGGAGCACUCCUACAAGGAGCUCAUGGCCCAGAACCAGCCCAAGCUCUCGCUGCCCGUCCGGCUGCUGCCGGACAAGGACGACGCGGGGCUCCCUCUACCCAAAUCCCCGCGGUCCUGCCGCCUCCAUUCCUGUUUCGACUACUCCCGCUGCCCUCUCACCUCCGGGUUCCCGGUCUACGUGUACGACACUGGCACUUACCCUUGGGGCGAGAAUAUAGACCCGCUGGUCAAGCAGGCCUUCGCCGCCUCUGUUAAAAGCAGCAUUUAUGUGACGGACAACCCGAGCAUUGCCUGUUUGUACAUAGUGCUGGUCGGGGAGCUGCAGGACUCCCCUUCCUCCUCUUCUUCUAUGUCCCCCUCCAGCCUGGAGAAGCAGCUGCACGCCUUGCCGUACUGGAGGACCGAUGGCCACAACCACCUGCUGGUCCACCUGUCCAGGAAGUCCAUGACGCAGAACUUCCUGUACAACGUGAGCACAGGCCGCGCGGCCGUGGCGCAGUCCACCUUCUUCGAGCGGCAGUACCGCGCCGGCUUCGACCUGGUGGUGUCCCCGCUGGUCCACGCGCUGUCCGAGCCCAACUUCCUGGAGGUGCCCCCGCAGGUGCCGGUGAAGAGGAAGUACCUCUUCAGCUUCCAGGGGGAGAAGGUGGAGUCCCUGCGGAGCAGCCUGCAGGAGGGCCCGCCGCAGUCCUUCGAGGAGGAGAUGGAGGGCGACCCGCCGGCGGACUACGACGACCGCAUCAUCGGCACCCUGAAGGCGGUGCAGGACAGCCGCCUGGACCAGGUGCUGGUGGAGUUCACCUGCAAGAACCGGCCGCGGCCCAGCCUGCCCACGGAGUGGGCGCUGUGCGGCGAGCGCGAGGAGCGGCUGGAGGUGCUGAAGGCCUCCACCUUCGCCCUGGUCAUCUCCCCAGGCAACGGGCAGCUGGUGGCGUCGGCGGGCUGCAGCAUGCGGCUGUUCGAGGCGCUGGAGGUGGGCGCCAUCCCCGUGGUGCUGGGCGACCACUCGCGGCUGCCCUACCACCAGAUGAUCCGCUGGAGCGAGGCGGCCCUGCUGGUGCCCAAGCCGCGCAUCACCGAGCUGCACUUCCUGCUACGCAGCGUCUCCGACAACGACCUGCUGGCCAUGCGGCGGCAGGGCCGCUUCCUGUGGGAGACCUACUUCUCCACGGCCGAGAGCGUUUUCAGCACCAUCCUGGCCAGCGUGCGCACCCGCAUCCAGAUCCCCGCCGCGCCCAUCCGCGAGGAGCCGGCGCAGGAGAUCCCCCACAAGGCCGGCAAGGCCGCCGGGACCGACCCCAACAUGGCCGACAACGGCGACCUGGACCUGGGGCCCGUGGAGACGGAGCCGCCCUACGCCUCGCCCCGCUACCUGCGCAACUUCACCUACACGGCCGCCGACACCUACCGCGCCUGGAACCGGCCCCCGGGGCCCUUCCACCUCUUCCCCCACACCCCACUGGACCCCGUCCUGCCCUCCGAGGCCAAGUUCCUGGGCUCGGGGACAGGCUUCCGGCCCAUCGGCGGCGGGACAGGGGGCUCGGGGAAGGAGUUCCAGGCAGCACUAGGCGGGAACGUCCCGAGGGAGCAGUUCACGGUGGUCAUGCUGACGUACGAGCGGGAAGAGGUGCUGAUGAACUCUCUUGAGAGGCUGAACGGGCUGCCGUACCUCAACAAGGUGGUGGUGGUGUGGAACUCCCCGAAACCUCCCUCUGAAGACCUGCUGUGGCCGGACAUUGGGCUCCCCAUUGUGGUGGUUCGGACGGAGAAGAACAGCCUCAACAAUCGCUUCCUGCCCUGGGACGCCGUGGAAACGGAGGCCAUCUUGUCCAUCGACGAUGACGCGCACCUCCGGCACGACGAAAUAAUGUUCGGCUUCCGGGUGUGGCGUGAGGCCAGGGACCGGAUCGUGGGCUUCCCGGGCAGGUACCACGCCUGGGACAUCAACCACCAGUCCUGGCUCUACAACUCCAACUACUCGUGCGAGCUCUCCAUGGUGCUGACGGGCGCCGCCUUCUUUCACAAGUACUACGCCUACCUGUACUCGUACGUCAUGCCCCAGGCCAUCCGCGACAUGGUGGACGAGUACAUCAACUGCGAGGACAUCGCCAUGAACUUCCUGGUGUCCCACAUCACGCGCAAGCCCCCCAUCAAGGUGACGUCGCGGUGGACGUUCCGCUGUCCCGGCUGCCCGCAGGCGCUGUCGCACGACGACUCGCACUUCCACGAGCGCCACAAGUGCAUCAACUUCUUCGUCAAGGUGUACGGGUACAUGCCGCUGCUCUACACGCAGUUCCGCGUGGACUCCGUGCUGUUCAAGACCCGCCUCCCCCACGACAAGACCAAGUGCUUCAAGUUCAUAUAGGGGGAGGGCGCGGGAGGGGAGGGGGGGUCACAGCGGCCCGUACAGAGGAGGACAAACCCCGGGGGUGUGGGGACGGGAAGCUGAGCGUCCGUUUGGGAAGGGGGG